AUGAGCAACAAGGAAGGUAGCCCAACCUCUCCUCGCCACUGGCACGGAACAUUUGGCGACCGCUAUGAGCAUCACAAUGUCUGGGUGAGAGGAGGCCCAUCCUCAGCCUAUAAGGCGACACGGCCCUCGACCUCUACUAAUACAACCGAUGCAUUUGCUACAACUGAGAGACGUUCCUCUAGUGCAUCCGAAUCAUCCGCCACCAAUGCAGGCCAACGUAGCCCCCCCUCCGUUGGCGAGCGAAGGAGAUCCAGCGGCCACGGACCCUCCAGCCUCUUCGAGAACCUGACGAACCAGAAACGUAACUCGGGCGAUGACACGUUUACUGCGCGUCGACAGAGCUGGAAUGAGCAGUCUCAGCCCGGCGGGUACUUUUCAAAGUGGUGGGAUGGCUAUACUCGGGGUAAUUAUACUAAUAAGUGA